AGAGAGAGAGAGAGAGAGAGAGAGGGAGGAGGGGUGGUGCAAAAAAGCUACUCUCCUCCAUGGCUGCCCUCUCUGAGAUGGAACGAUAGGGGAAGAAGACAACAAAAGUGCGGAUGACUGUUGUCGUCGUCGUCGUCGCUAGCUUCUGUCAACCGACUCGCCGCUUUCUUCUCGGGAUUCUCGUUAGGCUGCCUCUUUUUCCGUUCUCGUUGCUGUUCUUGUUGUUUCCUUUGGCGUAAAGACGGAGUUCCUUUAGCGGAGGCCUUCUUCUUGGGUUGGCUGGUUUCCUUUUGGACCCUGUUGUGUUCUGCUUAAAGAAAAGUGAUCUUUUGUUUGUUACUGCGAGAAAGAGAGGGACGGGGGGAGUUGAAGGUGAGGAGGGCAGAGGAAAUCGCGGUGGUUUCCCUCUUUCCCUUCCGCGAGAGGGCAAUGUAGGUGGGCGGGGAGGGGGGGUUUAAGGGGAUCAGGUUUGUGGGUAUCGAGGUUGGGGAUUGAGAUCCUUGCCAUAGAUGAGCUGCUUUCCUUGUUUAAGCCCUCGCAGGAGGGAGACGAGCUCCAGGAUAGAGGAUAGCGCCAGCGCCCAAUCCGGCUCCAGAUUCCUUGGCGAUUCCUCGGAGAGCGGGAAGAAGGCGUCAUUACCUGGCGGGGAGACGAGUAAAUGCGCGAGGAGCUUUACUUUCCGAGAUCUCGCUGUCGCCACCCAGAACUUUAGAGAAGCCAAUUUGAUCGGAGAAGGGGGAUUUGGAAGGGUUUACAGAGGACGAAUUGAUUCCGGCCAGGUGGUGGCUAUCAAGCAGCUAAAUCGGGAUGGUCUUCAGGGGAACAAGGAGUUUCUGGUGGAGGUCCUCAUGCUGAUCGUGCUACGGCAUCCCAAUCUUGUGAGUUUGAUUGGUUACUGUGCAGAUGGAGAUGAGAGGCUCUUGGUUUACGAGUAUAUGCCAAAAGGCAGUCUGGAAGAUCACUUGUUUGAUCCACCUCCUAGCAAGCCACACCUUGACUGGAACACACGAAUAAAAAUUGCUGUUGGGGUUGCGAGAGGGCUCACAUAUUUGCACGAUGUAGCAAAUCCACCUGUUAUUUACCGAGACAUGAAGGCUGCAAACGUAUUGCUAGAUGACGACUUUAACCCAAAACUUUCUGAUUUUGGACUUGCAAAACUUGGACCUGUUGGUGACAACACACAUGUUUCAACGAGGGUGAUGGGAACAUACGGCUAUUGUGCUCCUGAUUAUGCAAUGAGUGGUAAGCUGACACUGAAGUCUGAUGUAUAUAGUUUUGGUGUGCUUCUGUUGGAGCUGAUCACUGGACGAAGGGCUUUUGAUUCUUCAAAAAUUGGCGGCCAACAGAAACUGAUGACUUGGUCAAGACCUUUUCUCGGUGACAGAAGGAAGUUCUACCAGCUGGCUGAUCCAUUUCUUCAGGGUCGCUACCCGCCGCGACCCUUUCACCAGUUGGUCGUCAUCGCCUCCAUGUGUCUACAGGAGCAGCCUCAUGUCCGACCCAUCAUCGCUGAUGUGGUUGUUGCUCUCAACCAUGUGGCAUCUCAACCAUACACCCCAGCGCCCGACUCCAAGAUCAUGAGCUCCCCGCCACCACCGUCACCUUUGGGACGGGUUACUGGUACACCCUCGAGAGGCCGCAACGGUAAAACUUUGGCGCUUAUAUGACUCCCAAGUGCGAUGAGCUUUGAUGCAAUGGUUGCAGAAGACGGCCAAAGGGAUUGGAUGUCGUAGGGUGCCUACUCAACCCCAUGCUCGUGGAGUUGUUUAUUGGCUGGUCCGUACUGUUGACAUAACUAUCAUGCGUUGGAAUCUCUGAUGGCAAAUGAGGAUGGUGCAGUGAGGGCAAGGAUGGUUGUUUCUGAGGGUUGGUCAUCUUGUACAUACUAGUUCAAUUGCAAGCUGGGCGUGGUUUGGCCUGGUUUUGUUUCA